AUGUCCGACAUGACGACACCUCCACUGGACGGUUCGGUUCAAGUGUUACCGGGAUUUCUCGACUUUCAUGCCAGACAACAUCCUCGGCAGCCACUUUACGUGUUUUCUGCAUCAGACAAUCCUCACGGCGACCUGUCAAAUAUAUCAUAUCAGGACUUCAGUGAUGCUACACACCGCAUUGCUCACUAUUUGCGUCCGAUACCAGGCGAAGACCUUGACCGUCGAGUCCUCGCGUGCCUUUUGCAUACUGAUGCCGUCUUCUACCACGCUGUUACUGUGGGCGCCAUUCGCGCGGGAUUGAUUCCCUUCCCUAUAGCGCCUGGUACCUCUCCUGCUGCCAUUGCCAGAAUGCUGGAGCGCACAAAUACGCAUCGCAUUAUCUCCCAGCCUCACUUUGCUUCGUUGGUGCGCGACGUUCAGCGCGUUCUCCCCGACGACUAUGAUCUCCACGUGGACCCGUUACCCUCCUUUACGGAAGUCUUCCAGAGCUUCGGCGAUCUCCUCGAUGCGAAGACGAAUGGCAUUGAGCUAUACCCUCCAGCUGACUACCCAAUUGACUCCGAAGACGUUAUCCUGUAUCUGCAUUCAUCAGGCUCGACAGGCUUUCCGAAGCCCAUUCCGCAAACUGGUGCGACCCUCCUGAAUUGGAUACUGUCGCCGACGAACAGGGAACCUGCAGAAUUGGGCUACAUCUGGGGUCCAAUGAUGUUGCCGCCGUUCCAUACCCUCGGCAUCAGUACACAACUUGUGUAUCCACUUGGUUCGGCCAAGCCCGCAGUUUUGUUCACCCCACGCGCGCAUCUUGGCGUAGCGCCAUUGAUACCUACACCAGAACUUACGCUUGAUGCCGUGCGCCAGACGAAGGUAGACGUACUGGUUGUAGUACCCUCGGUUUUAGGAGCGUGGGUUCAAGACAAGGAAAGUAUGGUUGUGCUGAAUACGAUCAAAGCUGUGAUUUACUGCGGCGGGCCCCUAUCGCCUGCCACCGGCGACAGACUCGUUGCUGCUGGUGUCCGCCUCUAUUGCGUGUACGGAGGUACCGAGUUUGGCGGCGUAACACAUAUCCUUGACGCCGACUAUGAUCAUAUCGGAGUCGCACCCAAAUCUCCGGAUGAGUGGCAAUGGAUGCGUUUCUCUGAUAGAUGCAGUGUGCGCUGGGUACCUCAGGACGACGGAACUUAUGAAUGUUGCUUCAUGGCAAGUCAGACACAUCGUCCAGCUAUAGAGAACAUGGCGGAUGGCGAACAUGGUUAUGCGACUUCUGAUCUCUUCAUACCACAUCCCGUGAAGCCUGGCCUUUGGCGGAUAGUGAGCAGAUCGGAUGAUGUGAUCACGCUCUCGACCGGGGAGAAGAUUGUCCCUAUUCAGCAGCAGGACAUAGUAUCAGCUCAUCCGCUCGUGAAAGGCAACAUAAUGUUUGGUCGCGGUCGCGAACAAGUUGGCAUCCUUAUCGAGCCGCGUCCCGACCAUACUAUCAUACCAGGGCAUGAUCAUGUACUCGCGGAAUUCCGCAAUAUGCUCUGGCCUCAGAUCGAAGAAGCGAAUCGAAUCGCACCCGCACAUGCGCGCAUUUACAAGGAGAUGAUUCUGGUGACUGAUUCUGCCCGGCCUCUUAUUCGCGCAGCCAAAGGAACCAUCGUAGUCAAGCAGUCCCUCGCACUAUAUGAAGAAGAUAUCAACAAUCUCUUGUCUGCGACUUUACUGAGGAAUCAUAUAAUGGCUGCGCUGCGGGCUUCCUCAGACUCACAGAUCAAGAGCGCAGCACGCGACGUGCAGCCUAAUUUCGUAUUCACCCAUCCUACAAUCCUGUUGCUUGCCACCGCAAUUUCAGCCCUAGCGAAUCCGAACCGCGCCGCCCCAGCCGCGCGCUCCCCUGUCAAUCAAAUUGAGACUAUGAUCGAAAAGUAUACUGCGUCGUUGACGCCGGUGUCUGCAUCUCAGGCGGAGCAGCAAACGGCCGCUGCGGUGGUCCUCAUAACGGGGUCGACGGGCGCUCUGGGCUCAUACAUGGUUGCCGAACUGCUCGCUGAUAUACGCGUCGCUCGAGUGUAUGCCUUAAAUCGUGGCACCUCUCUGCAAGAGCGACAAGCAGCAGCUUUCAAAGCGGCGGGAUUUUCUGCGAACAUAAUGUCCGACGUCCGGCUCAAGCUGUUGAGUGGCGAUAUGACGAGGGACGAUUUUGGCCUAGAAGCAAAGAACUUGGAUGAACUGCGCACGUCCGUGACUCAUGUCAUCCACAAUGCAUGGCGGGUGGACUUCAACCUCGCCCUCGCAUCUUUUGAGCCACAAAUCGGAGCGACAAUGAAGCUGCUAAAUCUCGUACCACGCGCUCGCUUCUCGUUCGUAUCCUCUAUGUCAGCCGCACAGAGCUGGGAUACCACUGAGCGUGGACUGUAUGUUCCUGAGGAACCGCUGCAUGAUCCAUCGAUUGCCGUCGGCACUGGCUACGGCAUGUCGAAGUUUGUAGUCGAAGAGGUCCUAGCCAAUGCACGCAAGUUAGGUUACUCCACCACGAGUCUCCGAGUCGGCCAGAUAUGCGGAUCCAGACGCAAUGGUAGUUGGAACACAUCGGAGUGGGUUCCGAGCCUGGUCAAGUCGAGUAUCUCUCUUGGGUGUCUACCAGAUGGCAACGGGGUGGUUUCGUGGAUCCCGAUAGAAGCUGUUGCACGUGCGGCUGUGGACAUAUCACUAUCAGUGAACGCACCCACCUUGGUAAACAUUGUCCAUCCGCAUCCUACACCUGCGCGGCAUGUAUUUGGCGCGAUCAAGGAAGCAUUGGAAUCAGACGUCUCGUUGUCCGUCGUCCCGAUACAAGAGUGGGUGGAUAAACUGGAAGUCAUUGCACAAGGCGCUUCGGAGAGUGAACUGUCUACAAUACCCGCGAUCAAGCUGCUUGAUUUCUUCCGCAGUAUUGCUACACUUACCGGACGAAUGCAAGAUACAUACGCUGCCAAUGCAGAGAUGGGUGGGUUACCGUUGUACGAGACGACGAAGGCGCGAGCACUCUGCUCCGCGCUAAACGAGCUUUGUCCCCUAGCAGAAGAAGACGCCCAGAAGUGGGUCUUGUUUUGGAGAGAAUGGCGGUUCAUCCCAUGA